AUGUGGCCCAACAUUAGUGCUGCCCCAUUUUUGCUGACUGGCUUCCCAGGCUUGGAGGCAGUUCAUCACUGGAUCUCCAUCCCCUUCUUUGCGGUCUACGUCUCUGUGCUUCUUGGCAACGGCACCCUCCUCUACCUCGUCAAGAAUGACCACAGUCUCCAUGAACCCAUGUACUACUUUCUUGCCAUGUUGGCAGGCACAGAUCUGAUGGCGACCUUGACCACGAUGCCAACUGUAAUGGGUAUCUUAUGGGUGAAUCAUCGGAAGAUAAGCCACGGAGCCUGUUUCCUGCAAGCUUAUUUCAUUCACUCCCUUUCCAGUGUGGAAUCGGGUAUUUUACUUGCCAUGGCCUAUGACCGUUUCAUUGCCAUCUGCAAACCCUUACAAUACACUUCCAUUCUCACCAAUACUCGAGUGGUAAAGUUAGGGAUGGGAGCUUUUAUGAGGGGUUUUAUAACCAUCAUGCCUGUAAUCUUGCGUCUUUUUUCUUUUUCAUAUUGUCACUCUCAUGUUCUCUCCCAUGCUUUUUGUCUUCACCAAGAAGUCAUGAAACUGGCCUGUGCUGACAUAACUUUCAACAGACUUUACCCUGUAAUUCUGAUUUGUUUAACAAUCUUAGACUCUCUGUUCAUUCUUGUCUCCUAUAUCCUAAUUUUUAAGACUGUCAUGGAAAUAGCCUCUAGUGAAGAGAGAGCCAAGGCCCUUAGCACCUGCAUCUCCCACAUCGGUUGUGUACUCAUAUUUUAUGUCACUAUGAUUAGUCUGUCAUUUAUCCACAGGUUUGGGAAGAAUGUGCCACAUGUUGUCCACAUUAUAAUGAGCUAUGUCUACUUCCUCUUUCCUCCUUUAAUGAAUCCUAUCAUUUACAGCAUCAAGACCAAACAAAUUCAAUAUGGCAUUAUCCGCUAA